UGUUGGACCGUACCAAGAGCAAAUGGGGGACGCAAACUGAGGAGGAAAAGUUGAAACAGCGGGAAAGAGGGAACGCGUGCCCAAAUAAAAGGCGGUGAAUAAGUAACUGGUUGUGAAGUAACAUAGAUAUAUGAGAGAGAGAGAGAGGGCUCUGCACUGGCUUGUUCUAAGGAGGUUGACGAUUUUUGGAGGCUCCUUUUCCAUUUGGGCAUAGUUGGACUGGUCCAAGUGUUAGGCUGCUUCGUUCCGGGGAGCAUCAGCAGCGGGGCCAGCCAAGAUGAACUGUCGUUCAGAGGUGCUGGAGGUGUCGGUGGAGGGUCGCCAAAUCGAAGAGUCUAUGCUGGCCGUGCUGCAUACCAUACUGCUCCACCGCAGCACAGGGAAAUUCCAUUACAAAAAGGAAGGAACCUACUCCAUUGGGACAGUCGGCACACUAGAUGUUGACUGUGACUUCAUUGAUUUUACCUACGUCAGGGUUUCUUCUGAAGAGCUUGACCGGGCAUUGAGAAAGGCAGUAGGGGAAUUCAAGGAUGCUCUGCGAAACUCUGGCAAUGACGGGAUAGGCCAGAUCUCUCUGGAGUUCUAUCAGAAGAAGAAGUCACGGUGGCCUUUCUCAGAUGAGUGCAUCCCUUGGGAAGUCUGGACAGUCAAAGUGAAUGUGGUGAGCCUGGCUAAUGAGCAGGAGCGGCAGAUCUGUCGCGAGAAGGUGGGUGAGAAGCUCUGCGAGAAGAUCAUCAAUAUUGUGGAGGUGAUGAACCGGCAUGAGUACCUACCCAAGAUGCCCACCCAGUCAGAGGUGGACAAUGUCUUUGAUACAGGGUUGCGGGAUGUCCAGCCCUACCUCUACAAGAUUUCUUACCAGAUAACUGAUUCACUUGGGACCUCUGUUACCACCACCAUGCGGCGCCUCAUUAAGGACACCCUGGCACUGUGAUGCCUGUGAGAACGUGGACCUGACAUCAUUGUGAGGCGACCCAAGUAACUAAUGUUCUGCCUUCACACUGCUUCAGUGUACUGAAUCCAUCCAUCCUCCCAGAAAACCCAAGAGUCGUGGCACCCAGAUACUCUAUGCUAAUUCAUUAAUCUCCAGUCUCAUCCAGGGCCAGGAUGGGAACAACAGCACCUUCUCUAGCUCAGAAUAAAGGACUUCUGGAAUCCUC